AUGAAGACUGUUAGCAACCUUCCCAAAUGUUAUGAGAGGCUGGUCAAGGAAUUUGUGGUGAACCUAUUUGAAGAUUAUGGAAACAGCAAGAGUGUGGACUUCAGAAAAGUGUUUGUGAGAGCUAAGUGUGUAUCGUUCUCUCCUUCUGUGAUUAAUAACUCCUUGGAAAGAACAAAUGAAGCUCAACCUGAGCUUGAAGUGACAAACAAUAAGGUUUUUCAAGUGAUCACAGCCAAGAAGGUAAAAAGAUGGCCCCUAAAAAAGAAACUAACUGCGAGAACAAAGGCAAAGUUUGAUUAUGGAAUAUAUAUAUUUGACCAAACUAUGAAACAUGCUAAAAGCUUCAGUGUUAAGGGUCCAAUUGCCUUACCAUCCCUUCUAUUUGGCAUAAUUCUGAAUCAGUAUCCCAACAUUCUUAAUGAGCAUGAUAUAGCCUGCAAAAGAGAAAGUCCCUUGCCUUUCAAUUAUAAACUGUUUCAAGAUAUGUAUGUUCCAAACAUUGUCAUGACAUCGGAUGAAACAUCUAAAUCUGGAGCAUCAGACAGCAAAGCGGAAGUCAAAGCAAUGUUGAAAGAGACUUGCAAAGAGCUGGAGUCUAGGAAUAUAUCUCUUGAAAAGUUGAUAAGUACUCUAGAAAAGGAUGGGAAUGAGGAGCUCGCAGAUGCUAUAGAGAUGGAAGCUGAAGAUGAAAAAGAGGAGGAAGUAGAACCAGAAGAAGUGGAAGAAGAAAGUGUCAGUCCUGCUGAUGGCUCUGAGAAAGGAAGUUAUGCAGACACCUCAAGUGGGUCUGACUCUGUAAGUUGCAGUAGAUAUGAUUUGGUUGUGUACAUAUUGAUGGUAGUAAUGGUGUAUGUUGUCUGUGCGGUUGUUUUAGCCAAAAACUUUCCAAAGGAGGAGAUUAUAGAUGUUUUUGAAUUGGCUGCAUUUUGUGGCGACAUAUGUGUUAAGCUAAUACAGGAGGAUACUGACUUAUAA